UCCUCUCAGCUGCUGGGUGGUGAGCAGAGCAGACGGGAGGCCAGGAGAACCAUGGCGGCAGCAGUUGUCCCUAAGAAGAGGCUCCAGAGUUCCACCAAUGUCUCCUGGAUGCUGCUGCUGCUGCUGCUGCCACUGGGUCCAGUCUGGCAUGCAGCUGCCCAGCGCUGCCCACAGCCCUGCAUCUGUGACAAUGCCAGGCGGCAUGUUUCCUGUCGGAACCAGAACCUCACUGAGGUGCCCAGCGCCAUCCCAGAGCUCACGCAGAGGCUGGACCUGCAGGGCAACGCGCUGAGGGUGAUCCCCCCCGCUGCCUUCCGGGACCUGCCGCAUCUCACACACCUGGACCUGCGGCACUGCCAGGUAGAGCAGGUGGCGGAGGGCGCCUUCCGGGGCCUGGGCCGCUUGCUGCUCCUCAACCUGGCCUCCAACCGCCUACGCAUGCUGCCCCAGGAGGCACUGGACGGGCUGGGCUCGCUGCGGCACCUGGAGCUGGAGCAGAAUGUGCUGGAGGAGCUGCGGCCAGGCGCCUUUGGGGCACUGGGCGCGCUGGCCACGCUGAACCUGGCACACAAUGCACUGGUCUACCUGCCGGCCAUGGCCUUCCAGGGGCUACUGCGCGCGCGCUGGCUGCAGCUGGCACACAACUUGCUCAGCGUGCUGGCCCCCGAGGCCCUGGCUGGCCUGCCCGCGCUGCGCCGCCUCAGCCUGCAGCACAAUGAGUUCCAGGCGCUGCCCGGGGCCGCGCUGUCCCAGGCCCGCGGCCUGGCCCGCCUGGAGCUGGGCCACAACCCGCUCACCUACGCGGGUGAGGAGGACGGCCUGGCGCUCCCGGGCCUGCGCGAGCUGGCACUGGACCACGGCGCGCUGCAAGCCCUGGGCCCCCGGGCCUUUGCCCACUGCCCGCGUCUGCACAAGCUCGACCUCCGCGGGAACCAGCUGGACGCGCUGCCCCCGCUGCAGGGCCCAGGCCAGCUGCGCCUCCUGCGGCUACAGGGCAACCCACUGUGGUGCGGCUGCCAGGCUCGGCCCCUGCUCGAGUGGCUGGCCCGGGCACGCGUGCGCUCGGAUGGCGUGUGCCAGGGCCCAAGAAGGCUGCGCAACGAGGCGCUGGACGCGCUGCGGCCCUCGGACCUGCACUGCCCCGGAGACCCGGAGGAGGACGAGCCCGAGGAGCGGGCAGCCGAGCCUCGAGUGUCGCCCCGCGCCCCCGCAGAGCCCGAGGCUGAGGCAGUGCCCUGCCCGCGCACCUGCGUGUGCGCCCCUGGCUCGAGGCACAGCGUCUGUGAGGGCCGUGGGCUGCAAGCAGUGCCCCGCGGCUUCCCCAGCGACACCCAGCUGCUGGAUCUGCGGCGCAACCAUUUCCCCUCUGUGCCCCGGGCGGCCUUUCCCGGCCUGGGCCACCUGGUGUCGCUGCACCUGCAGCAUUGCGGCAUCUCAGAGAUGGAGGCGGGUGCCCUGGCGGGGCUGGGCCGCCUCCUCUACCUCUACCUCUCUGACAACCAGCUCUCUGGCCUCGGCGCUGCUGCUCUUGAAGGGGUCCCCCACCUGGGGUACCUGUACCUGGAGCGGAACCGCUUCCUGCAGGUGCCAGGUGCUGCCCUGCGCGCCCUGCCCAGCCUUGUGUCCCUGCACCUGCAGGACAACGCCCUGGAGCGCCUGGGCCCUGGGGACCUGGCAGGCGUUCGGGCCUUGCGCUGGCUCUAUCUGAGCGGAAAUCGCAUCACUCAGGUGUCCCCAGGGGCGCUUGGGGCAGCUCGUGAGCUGGAGAAGCUGUACCUGGACAGGAACCAGCUUCGAGAGGUGCCCACUGGGGCCCUGGAAGGGCUGCCUGCCCUGCAAGAGCUGCAGCUUUCAGGAAACCCACUCCGAGCCCUGCAUGACGGGGGAUUCCGGCCCACUGGGCGGUCACUGCAGCACCUCUUCUUGAACAGUAGUGGUUUGGAGCAGAUUUCUCCAGGGGCCUUCUCUGGCCUGGGGCCCAGGCUCCAGAGCCUGCACUUGCAGAAGAACCAACUUCGGGCCCUGCCUGCCCUGCCCAGUCUCAGUGGGCUUGAGCUCAUUGACCUCAGUGGCAACCCCUUCCACUGUGACUGCCAGCUGCUCCCACUGCACAGGUGGCUCACUGGGCUGAACCUGCGUGUGGGAGCCACCUGUGCCACCCCUCCCAGUGCCCGGGGCCAGCGGGUGAAGGCUGCAGUUGCUGUCUUUGAAGCCUGCCCAGGCUGGGCUGCCAGGAAGGCCAAGCGGACACCGGCAUCCAGGCCAGGGACCAGGAGGACCUCAGUCAAGGGAAGGCUGUGAGGAGCUGGCAAGGUUGGCCUGGGUGGGGGUUCGGGUCCUACAGCUCUGAGAGCAGGGCUCUGACUUCACGUCCAACUUGUGGGCCCCAGAGCUGAGCAAUGGCCCGUGGCCCCACCGUGUUUCUCCAUGAUGUUCCCUCCUUACCUCCAAAGAAAAUGAUUAUGUGCCAUUUUGUCCCGUGGGACGGUGGUCUUUCCUCUGAGCCACGGUACCUGGGUCCUAGUGUGGUCUUUAAAGUCAGUUAUGUUUCUGCUGGA